AUGAAGAAGAACCGUGGGAAGCCAGCAGAUGAGCAAGAUGCCCUCUGCAUCCCGCAGCCUCAUAGACCAGGACGUCUUAAAAAUAUGCUGGAUGGAGGAGAGUACGCCCCUUUUGUAUCUCCUCCCAUAUUAGAGAGCAAUUUCAUUCAGGUCAACAGGAGAGGUGAAUCCAUAUACUUGCAUAACCGAGCAAACUGGGUGACUGUAGGCAUCUGCUCUUCCAGUCCCGACUACAAGACACCCAACGUGAUGCUGUUGGCACAUUUGACCCCUGCUGCCCAAAAAGAUACAGAACCACUCUUUAAAAGCCUCUUGACAUCUCCCUCCACAGAGAAGCUAGUGCUCACCAGGUCUCUCCCUCUGCAGCUGGUGAAGCUGUCUGUGCACGACUGGAAGAACAUGCGCCUGAAAGUCAAGCUAGCAAAUGGCCGGGCCUACUAUUUGCAGCUGUGCGCUCCUCUGCGGAAGCAAGAAGCCUUGUUCUCUCGGUGGGUACACCUCAUCUCCCUCCUGAGUAAGGACAGAGUCAAAGCGUCCCAAGUGUCCACGUUCUCAAGCCUCUCGGAAAUCACCAACAGCACGGACGUCACAGGCUCUGCAGACAUCACGGACGUGGCUGCUUUCAGAGAGCUGCAGCCCCCACCCAGACCUGCUCGCCCACCCUCUGCCCAUGUCCUGGAGAGCGCAGACUUCUCAGAGAUCACAGACGUCACUGAUGUCACCGAUAUCACAGAUAGUCCGGAAGAUGUGGCCGAGGAGAUUCCAGAUAUAAAAAUUGUCACGGAAGUCACAGAACUCAUAGAAGCCAUGGAAGUCGCACGCGGCUCUGGCGCCAUACACGCCUCAGGGGUCACAGUGGUAUUUGAAAACGACGACAUAAUAAGGGCCAAGCAGGAGGAAAAGGAAAAUGUUCUGAAGCCUGGGUGUCUGCGAAAUUCAAUAAGUAAGAAAGAUCUCCAAGAAUCACCAAAACGUGUCACCAUCUCAAACAUAACACUGACUAUUCAAGGUGAAAGAUGUUUCCAGACCACUUUGACUCCCAUAAAAAGUGAGGAAAGCAUCUUCAAAAAGAUGGGUGUGGAAACCUCUGAAGAAAAGAUGACUGAAUGUAAGGACACAGCUCUCAAGGCUGCCGAGUCCAGGUGA